AUGUCCACCGGAUUCAAAAAGGAUGGGUGUCCGGAUGUAAAAACUUUUUCCCAAAUUAUUCCUAUGCCAUCACAAAGAAAAACUACGGCCUCUAGUCCCCAGCAGGCCUUAAGUGGUCAAGGGGUGCCAAGAAUCCCUGAGAAGUAUGCAAUAGCGAAGGGAUGUUGCAGAAAAAUUCAGAAUAGCCCUUCUAUGGUACUUAUACUUGGAACGCCCAAUGUUGGAUCACUGACUGGCUGCAUCAUGGAAAUCGCAGAAAUGCUCGAGCGUAGAAGGAUUGACAUCUGCUGUCUUCAGGAGACUCAAUAG